AUGCUCGAGGACCCCUCGUACAAAUCAGUAGUACGAUGGAGCAACGACGGCGAUAGCUUUGUGGUCCUAGAGAAUGAGAAAUUUACAAAAACAAUCCUCCCGAAACACUUCAAGCACAGCAAUUUUGCGAGUUUUGUACGCCAAUUAAACAAGUACGACUUCCACAAAGUCAGACACAAUGACGAGAACGGUGAUUCAGGCUACGGACGAGAUGCAUGGGAGUUCCGGCAUCCAGAAUUCCGGGCAGACAGAAAGGACAACUUGGACAACAUUCGAAGGAAGGCGCCGGCGCCGAGAAAACAGCCGCCCGCCGAGGAUGCGUUUCCGGCGUCGCAACAGAUCAUAGUCAUGAGCGAAUCACUCACGGCAACACAGCAUCAGAUCCAAGCUUUGCAGGAUCAGUACUCGGAGCUCGAGAAGACGAACAAGCUGCUCGUCAGCGAGGUCCUCAGCCUGCAGAAGAUGGUGAGGGCGCAAAGCCAGGCUUCCAACGAGCUCAUCACCCAUCUGAACAACAUGGAGGACAGGCGGCGCAACAGCCGUCACUCGGCCCACUCUAGCCAUUCGGGCCAGGCCCAGAGCGGUGGGAUGGCGUUCCUGCCGGACGGGGCGGACGAGCCGGCGCCCGAGCUGCGGCGAGCUCGAGAGAUCCUCAACGGCGUGUCUCCGGAUAUGCAGGCGGACCGGGAACUGGAAAGGCUGUCGAUGACAUACAACCAAAACCCAUCUCCAGCCGAUUCGGCCGGCUCGUCGUCGGUCAUGUUCGCGCAACCGGGUCCUGGAGGGAUGCCGCUGGUUCACGACGCCUUGAGUGACCCUCGACACCUCGUGUAUCCCGUGGGACAGACCACGGGCAUUGAUCCCUUCCACGCCGACCAUAUCCACAACAUCCCCUACAGCCGGCCCCUGAGCAACCCGGGCAUCCAGGUGGAAGCGCCGUCGCAGAUGACGCCGCCGAUCAAGGAGCACCAAUCGGGUUCCAUAUGGCGGGGCAAGAAACCCCAUAUCCUGCUCGUAGAAGACGACAAGACGUGCGCGAGGAUAGGUGCUAAGUUCCUGACCCUGGUGGACUGCAGUGUCGACAUUGCCCGUGAUGGCCUCGAGGCAGUCGAUAAAGUCAACCGAGACGCCGAACGAUUCGAUCUCAUAUUCAUGGACAUCAUCAUGCCUAACCUGGACGGCGUGUCGGCCACGGCUAUGAUCCGGAUGGCCAGUCCGGAGGUCCCUGUCGUCGCUAUGACGUCGAAUAUUCGGCAAGACGAUAUUCAGACCUACUUCCAGUUUGGGAUGAUUGACGUUCUGGCGAAACCCUUUACGCGCGACGGCAUGGUCCGCAUCCUGAAAAAGCACCUGACGCGGAUGCUCAAGGACCCACAAGCGCCUGGUCUUAUUCCCGACGACAUGGGCCAAAGCGGCGUGGCGGGCGCUGGACCCGGUCCCCCGGCGACGACCAACCAAGGUUAUGUCCCAGCGUCGACCAUGGCCAUGGCAAACCUGGCGGCGGCGGCGGCGGGCAACCCGCAGGUGAAGUUCGAGCACACACCCAUCCCGUCGCCCUCGGCCGCCUCGUCCUGGCAUUCGCCGGGGCAGAUGCACCAGGUGGCGCCCAACCUCGACAGCGGAGGGUACAUGGGCGCGGUCGGGAGCGGCCCGGGCGGGUUGGCGAUGACGCCCGGAGGCACGCAAAGACCGCCGCCGCAGCCGCAGCCGGGACAGUAUGCGAACUAUAUGACGGCGCAACAGAUCGGGGGGACGCAGGCGAUGAGGAUGGCCGAGAUGAGCCAGAUCGGCGGGCUCGCGGGCGGUGACGAUCGGCCGGAGAAGAGGCAGAGGUUGUAUGGGCCUGGGCCUGGACAGGGGAGCUAUGUGCAAUAA